GUUUUGUUUUAAGUAUUGACAGGAGAAUUUAAAGAUGCAUUUAUCUGAUGCGAGGGAUUUAGUUAGCGGAUUGGCUGUUAUAACAACAGUAUUACAGUUUCUAUCGGGCACGCUUGUUUGUAAACAGUAUGUAAAGAACCAAACAACUGCAGAAUCAUCACCACUGCCAUUUCUGUGUGGUGUAUUAUCAUGUGCUUUGUGGCUUCUUUAUGGCUUAACAAAACAUGAUGACAAAAUAGUACUAGUCAAUACUAUUGGUGUCUCAUUAAUGGCAUCAUACACACUUGUGUUUUAUGUUUACACUUUUAAGAAGUCCUCUCUACUUAAACAAAUAUUUCUGACAGUGUUGGUAUCAAUUUUCUUCAUUGGUUAUGUGACUUUUGAGGAGGAUAAUGACCUGCUCUUGAGUCGUUUAGGUCUUAUAGCAUGCUCUCUUACUUUAAUUACAAUUGCUGCACCAAUGAGUAAGCUUGUAUAUGUAUUGAAGGUGAAGAAUACAGAGUGUUUACCAUUUCCAAUGAUUUUGAUGUCAUUUUUCGUGUCUGCAUUAUGGUUUUUAUAUGGACUAAUAGAAGAGGAUCCCUAUUUAAUUUUGCCAAAUUUUAUUGGUGCAGUGUUAGCAGCAAGUCAACUGUCCCUGUUUCUGAUAUAUCCUCGCAAUCCGCAGUCUCCAAGUUUCACGAAGAGUAUUCUAGCAUAAAUUGUGAUAUUUUGUAUGGUAGUAUAAUUAUCUUAGUUCCUAUUCAUAGAAAUUUUGUUGCAUUUCAAACUUGUCAUAAUUUUAACUAAUUUAUUUUUCCAGUGUAAAUAGAU